CACUUCACGACCACUUUGCGCCGGAAUCCUUUCAAAAUCGACGGAAAACCGCAAUUUUCCGUCAAAUUUUGUCGAUUUCAUCGACCUCCGGCCACCCAAAUCCAAAACCAAUCACAGACCCAGUCUUCCCACGUUGAGGGCUACCUUCGACAAAGUUUUGGGGAGAUUUUGCUCAUAUUUUCUGGAGAGGCGAAUUCCAUUGAGCCUUUAGUGAGCUUCCGACGAAGCUCCGGCAACACCUGCCCGUCCUCUUUUCGUGUGAUUUUUUGACUCCCUCGCCCUCUCCCCACUUCCACUUCGAUUCUACUUGAGUCUCCAGGUUUUUUUUCGACCUUUGCUUGGAUAAGUGUUGGAGAAUUGGAUUAUGGUGUGAAGUGAGGUGAUUUUGUGAAUGAUCAUUGAAUGUAGAAAUUUGGCAAGGGAUUAGUUGAUUUUUGGUGAAUUAAUGUUGCAUGAGGCUUGCAUGAGCUUAAUUGAGCCUUGGUGGGCAUGAUUUAGGUACAAAUUGCGUUUAAAUGUGAAAUUUUCCCACCAAGUGCAAAAAUGUGAAUGAAUGUGGAUACUUGAUGUUUUUGUGGUGGAUGGUAACUGCCGAGGGAUGACUUAGGUUUGAUAUUGUCUUGAUAAUCGGUGAAACACCUAGAACCAUGCCUCGAUGUGCUGGAUCUUAAUUGUUUUAAUCCAUUCUUGAGAGAAAAUUUCAUUGGCAUGGAACCGUAGUGGAAACAUAAGUGUAGGGGGGGGGGGGGGGUUUCCUUUUCCUCCCAAUGAGUUGAGGUUGACAGUUAUUGUCACGUAUGGUGCAUAUUUGAAUUAUUUUGCAGGAUGCUCAACAUGAACCACCCGUACCUUUCAGUGCUUAGAGGGAACCAUGCAAUGGAAAAGGAGCUGAGAUUUUAGGCAAGAGCUCACUCUCACUCCGACGCCCACUGGAAACUCGACUUCACUUAGUUCGAUGGUCUUCAUUGUGGAGAUAUCAUGAGGGAGGCUGUGGCACACCCACAAUGGCGCCAGCUCCUUGCAAUGGAAGAUGACAUUUAUGGGGAACUGUGUGUCGAGUUUUUCAGUACCUUCACCAUCUUUAAGGGCAAGAGCCCGUUUGGACAUCGGCUAUGCAAGAUUAAAUUCCAAUUAGGAGGGGAACGUUGCAUAUUGACAUUUGAUGAGUUAGCCGAGCCAUGGGAGUUGAAGGCACCUAUAGGCCAGAGCGGGAAGAGGAGGCCACCAGAGAUUGCGACAUGAAGCAGCAUUUCAAAGAUUUUGCCUCCCGGAGCACCGACGAACACCGCUUCCAUCGGCACUCACGUUGGAAUCCAUACUUACAGUUGCGUAUCAUCAAUGCACACCUUGCAUGUUCCCUCUACCCGAGCUGUCACAAUCCAAGCAAGAUAACCGAGAGGACUUUGCUGGCAUUCGCUUACAUGGUAUACCCGUCUAGUAAUCUUCAUCUAGGUACGCUCUUGGACACCUCUUUUGCCAGGGCCAUGGGAGGAAGUCGAAGAUAUGUCAUGUCGUUGGGGACCUACAUCACCCAUAGUACUAGUCGCUUCAAUGUCAAUCUUGAGGGAUGCAUGAAGGAGGGGAACUCAUUGGGGUUUGGCGAGGACACUUUGAGUUCCAUGCAUUUAUUUCGAGUAUUUGGACCACAUCAAUUUAUCGAGGGAAUGAGCCUACCACCAGAGGUCCCUCCUCCCGUGCAGCCACCUGAUCGAGCUCUCAGCCGCCGCCGACGUGUCGCACCUUCACGACCUGCACCUCCACCACCAACAACAACAUCAUCAUCUGGAGCCACUCCUUCCACCUACAGGGAUCAUCUAGUGGAGCGGAUGGAUCUCCUAGAGAGUCGAGACUCACGUUGUGGGAGUCACCACUUGGCUCACAGAUUUGGUAGAAAGGAUGGCUCGACGCCAGGGUGUCCUUCGGGACGAUGAGCCAGGGCCUUCGAUCCGUGAGAGGUAGAUGAUGAGUGAGACAUGUGGCAAAGCGGAUUUCUUUCACCCCACUUCUCCGUUUGGAACUCUGAACUCUUUGAUCUUUCAUUUUAUUUUUCUUUUUAUUUUGUGUGUGUGUGAACAAUUAGUACUACUACUAUCGUAUUGAUAUGUGUAAUAACCUCACCUCUAGCAAGAAUGUAUGUGCUUGUGUUUGCUUUUGUCUUCUCCUUGAAGCCCAAUAUCCUACCUUCGGAAAAAUUCCAACUUUUACUCACCAAGCCACGCGGUAACAUCGUUCUACCCCUAUCUUACGCCAUUGAGGGCAAUGUCGAGCUUAAGUGAGGAGGAGGGUAGUUUAUUAUUAUGCUUGUGUGAGUGUGAUUGAAUGAUUUGAGCCUUGAUGUAUGCCAAAAUUUGAAAAUUUUGAGGGCUCCAAGCAAUGCUUGCAUGAUCAAAGUGGCCGGUUUGUGGGAGAAUCUCGUGUUUAUUGGCAUUGACCUUAAAUUGUUGCAUGCGAUCGAGUGUGUGCUAUGAUGAUGACUGAGAAGUGCAUUAUGAUAGUGCAAAAGUUUAGUUCUCAUGAGUGAAAAAUGAAUGAAUAUCUUGACU